UCUCGCGAGAACUGGGGGAUACCGAUGCUGCUGCUGCCGCUGCUCCGGCGUCGCCGCCGCCUUGGAGGGGGAGACACACACUGGGGGCAGCCAGUGACGUCGGGAGUUUUCCUGAAAGUCAAUAACGAGGUGGCUGAAGAAGAGGAGGAGGGGGCGGCGAAGGGAAGGCCCCGGAGCCGCCCUGGGGAGGCCGCAGCGGUCGCAGCCUCGCCCUGACUCUUCCGCGGAUGCUGCUGAAGAGCGUGGAAAGGAGAGGCGCUCUCUUAUGUAGCUCUCCUCCGUCCCUCCCUCCUUCCCUCAGAGCGUCGCCCGAAUCGAGGCCCAGGCUGGCGCUGAGGUAAAAGAAAAACACCAGGAGGAAAGGGCCGCCGUGAGAGGACUUUCAGCCCGGCAGGGGGGACGAGGGAGGAGGGAUUGUGGGAGCCCCCCUGCCCGGAGGAGACGGCGGAGACGAGGACGACGACGACGACGCGGCUGCUUCCCCGCUAACGGUGAAUAACAUCCAUCAACGGCCUCCGCCUGCCUGUCCUGCAGGUUGAUUUAAGAAACUGAAAAUUCAGAAGAGACGUAAAAUUCUCAAAGUGAUAAAGCAAAAGACUUGCUUUUUUUCUGAAUUAAGGGCUCAGUGUGGAGCCACCAUGAGCGAUGUUACAAUUGUGAAAGAAGGUUGGGUUCAAAAAAGGGGGGAAUAUAUAAAAAAUUGGAGGCCAAGAUACUUCCUAUUGAAGACAGAUGGCUCUUUCAUCGGGUAUAAGGAGAAGCCUCAAGAUGUGGAUCUGCCAUAUCCUCUUAAUAAUUUUUCAGUAGCAAAAUGUCAGCUGAUGAAAACAGAGCGACCGAAACCAAACACAUUUAUUAUCCGAUGUCUACAGUGGACCACUGUGAUAGAAAGGACAUUUCACGUAGAUACACCAGAAGAACGGGAAGAAUGGACAGAAGCCAUCCAGGCAGUAGCAGACAGGCUUCAGAGGCAGGAAGAAGAGAGAAUGAACUGUAGUCCAACCUCACAGAUAGAUAAUAUUGGAGAGGAGGAGAUGGAUGCUUCCACAACUCACCAUAAAAGAAAGACAAUGAACGAUUUUGAUUAUUUGAAACUGCUUGGCAAAGGCACCUUUGGCAAAGUAAUUCUGGUCCGAGAGAAGGCAAGUGGAAAAUACUAUGCUAUGAAGAUUUUGAAAAAGGAAGUUAUUAUAGCAAAGGAUGAAGUGGCUCACACACUUACAGAAAGCAGAGUAUUAAAAAAUACUAGACAUCCCUUUUUAACGUCUUUGAAGUAUUCAUUCCAGACCAAGGACCGAUUGUGUUUUGUGAUGGAAUAUGUCAAUGGAGGAGAGCUGUUUUUCCAUUUGUCGAGAGAGCGGGUGUUCUCUGAGGAUCGCACACGCUUCUAUGGUGCAGAAAUCGUUUCUGCUUUAGAUUAUCUGCAUUCUGGAAAGAUUGUGUACCGUGAUCUCAAGUUAGAAAAUCUAAUGUUGGAUAAAGAUGGACACAUAAAAAUUACAGAUUUUGGACUUUGCAAAGAAGGAAUCACAGAUGCAGCUACUAUGAAAACAUUCUGUGGCACACCAGAGUAUUUGGCUCCUGAGGUUUUGGAAGACAAUGACUACGGUCGUGCAGUGGAUUGGUGGGGACUUGGAGUUGUCAUGUAUGAAAUGAUGUGUGGCAGGUUGCCAUUCUACAACCAAGAUCAUGAAAAACUUUUUGAACUAAUACUAAUGGAGGAUAUAAAAUUUCCUCGAACACUUUCAUCUGAUGCAAAAUCACUGCUUUCAGGUCUACUGAUAAAAGAUCCAAAUAAACGUCUUGGUGGAGGACCAGACGACGCUAAAGAAAUUAUGCGGCACAGUUUCUUUGCUGGAAUAAACUGGCAAGAUGUAUAUGAUAAAAAGCUUGUUCCUCCAUUUAAACCUCAAGUGACAUCCGAGACAGACACGAGAUAUUUUGAUGAAGAGUUUACAGCUCAAACUAUUACAAUAACACCACCUGAAAAGUAUGAUGAAGAUGGCAUGGACUGCAUGGACAAUGAAAGACGACCACAUUUCCCCCAGUUUUCCUAUUCUGCAAGUGGACGAGAAUAACUCUUUGUUUUGUUCUGCUGCUUCAGUCAUAUUAGAUUUAUCACUAAAAUGAUUCCUGAACAUCACCACCAGUACUUGCUAUUGUUUAGAAUAGCAGAGCACUUUCAGAGAUCAUUCCAAAUUGAACAAGUUCCUUUCCUGACCAAUCAGCCUCUUUGAUUUAUCUGCAUGACUUUUUAUAUUGGUCCAAGGUCCCCCGCUGAUACUGCUGCCCCAGUGUUUCAGCAUGAAAGUAACCGUAAGAAGCAAUCCAAAAAUAUUGUGAUGUUAGAUGACAAAUUCUCAAUGGUGCAUUUUAUGCACAGCUGGCUAUCCUAUUGUCUUCUCAGAGCGGAGGCUAAAGGACAUGUUGGACUGGGAUGUAUUCCUCAAUUCUUUUAGAAGACAAAUCAGAAUUCUAGUUUAAAAAAUAACCAUUUGCGAUGUUUUCACACAUCAGUUUGAGCUGAACCGAAGCUGGAGACAUAGAAGGUGGUGGUGUACAUAUGCAAAGCUUUGAUAGGCAUAUCAUCACUUGAAUCAGACUUGUCAUUAACAUCUGGAUGAAAAAAUCAGGAGGACUAAUAAUUGUUAAUAUAUAUAUAAGUAUAUAUAUAUAUAAAUAUAUAUAUAUAUAUAAUUUUUUAAUUACUGUUGGAUACUACACAAGAAGCAAAAAGGUUGGGACCACCUAGCCUUCCACUACUUCCAGAUUCAUGUGCAAUUAUGGAGAAUGGGACCUUUAAAAUACAAGAAAUUAAGGCAUAAAAGCAGCAAUUGAAGUUGUUUGAAGGUCUUAUGAUUUGCAUCUCGCUCAUGUUUUUCUUUUUCUUUGUUGAUAUACAUCACCUCUGGAGGCUGAAGAAUGUAGUCAGGCUUGUAACAAAAUUGCUUUUCACCAAAAUUUGUACACUAAGGUAAACAGGAGUUUGCCUUACAUGUUUUCUUUUUUUAAUUUUCAGUUUGUGAAUUAGCUUUUUUUUCUCCAGGUGUUUUAACUGAAUAUUUUUGUUACAGUUUAGUAGUAUUUAUUUUUUAGUGACAACGAUUGUAUGUGUCAUGUUUGCAAAUGCUGCUACAUCCUAGAAGAGGCUUACCAUUUAUUUUGUAAUGUAUGGAAGGACUGUACAAGCUGAACAAAAUAAUGCACUUUUUCCUCCCGUGUGAAUAUGUUAACAAGGCUGAAAGUGUACCAUAUGCAUUGCGUUGGGCGUCUGUAGAUGACACAUUUCCUUAUGGUCCAGAGAAAAUCCCAAAGCCAUAUUAUCCAGAGGAUUUGUGCACUCUUUCUUCAAGGUGAAUGUAGGGUAGCAUCACUGAAAAGUUCUAGUCAUGAAGUUUGCAAUGAUUACAAGAACACCUUAUUACAGUUUUCCAAACAGUAGAAUAGAUUUAUGACAAUAGCUAUUUCUAAGUGAUGUUUGAGUCCUGGCCAUAACUGACAUAGCAUUCUUAGUAAAAUGAAUUAUUUUUCUCAGAAUAUUUAUUGCCCAGGAUUUCAAUGAAUCAUAUUUUAUAGGGUUUUUUUUUUAAAGGUGAAGGAAAACAGUUUGUAAUGCAGCCUUUGGUACUGGUAGUUGGGAUUUUCAAAAUGAGCCAGUAUAUGUCAAGCAAUGCAUGUCAGUGGUAAUGACAUCACCGAAUGCUACUCCAUGGGAUUAUUGUUGAAGUAUCUUGGCUUUUCAGCUCUGUAACAAACUGUGAUUUAGCUGAGUGUUAUGAUUGCUGUGUACAUGACUUUUGAAAAGAAAAUAAUAUUUACCUGCAGAUGUCUCAGCCUCUUGAUGCUGAAAAAGAUAACCCUAGGUUGAAAAUCACUGCAGGCAGUGGAACAGUCUGGGGUUUUCAAGAGAUAGGUAGGCAUUUUAUUAAGGCAGCUAAGACAAACCUACACUUUCCACAAGCAAAGUAGAUUAGAUUUGAUCUUAUACUUGUACUGUAACAGGUCAUGAAUAGUGUGCAUCACUUGAGUGAAAGGAAUACAGGAUAAAACUAGAUCUGCACUUAUCAUUAGAAAUUAUGACACUUAAAUAGUCAGGAACAAUCAGAGUGAAUCAGUGUCUACACAGACUAGUGUCCCAAUAUAACAGAGGUAACCACAUGAUGUGUAAUAUUCACAGUGGUCCUAGUCCAGAGCUUCUUAAUACAAAAAUUUCUCUGUUUGACAGGUGGACAGUUAGUCAGCUGUGAAUCUUCUUCACCCAUUAGUCUGGGGUAGGGCAAGAUAAGAGCUCAAUGGCAUCAUCAUGCUCCAAAUAGAUAAUCCACACUGAUGUCAGAGAUAGACUUUUCUGCUGUGUGUUAGAUCCAUGCCAACCAAAACUAGGACCACAUGCACUAACUACCCUGAUGUUCGACAGCCAGUUUUUCCUCCAAUGUGACACCCUCUUGCAUAAGCAUGGAAUCUGUAUAUGGAUCACCUUUGGUGGGUUGGAACAAGUAUGCUUUCUGUAACCUAAAACAUUUCUUAAAUUAGAUUAGACUGCAAGUUUACAGUAGUGCUGUUUUAGCUCACUUCUGAACUUUAGAAAAUCAUUUUACAUAUAAUCAAAUGUUAAGCUGUUCUAUUCAAUGUUAGAAUACUAUUUAUAGAAGGCUAAAAAUGAAUUAUGUGCAAAACCAAGCAGAAUAUCAAUCUGGCAUUCAGUAGACCCCCACUUUUACAUUUUGAAAAUAGUAAUAAUUCUGCAUUCUAAAUUAUUAAUACUUUCAUCGUAAUGGCAAGCCUGGUGACAAUAGGUAAUUAUAACCUGUUUAUUUCAGAAUUGCUAACAUAGUGAUCUCAAAAUAUCACAUUCUAACUCUUAAUUUUGAAGGCUGGUAGUAAAACAAAGCAGUUAUUUUCAGUAUAGAGAAAUUUCCGAAACAGAACAUAUGUAGACUAAUUCACUACAUUGUAGCUGGAUGGAUAGUUUGCCUUAUGUGGCCUCAAGUUUGCGUCUCUGGAGCCUAGGGCAUUAUGAUAAUGUACUAAGAACUGGGUCAUUAAUUACUGUAGGAAAGACCUUUCUUCUCCAAGUAUAACAUUACUGAGAAUACCAAAUGUAAAGCAACUGUUGUUAUUGGAACUGUUUUAAUUAUAUUGGAAAGCACUUUGUAUCCCAAAUGGGAAGACAGGCAUGAUUUUAAAUACAUAACAAAAACAUGUUGCUGUUCCAAAAAUAUAACAUGUAAGCACUAUUGCUCAUUUUUCCUUGGCCUCGCAGGCUUAGACUCUCAAAGACCUUGCUGUAAAGGAAUUAUGUAUAGAGAAGAGUCCAAUGUGUCACUGAUCUAAUAGUCAAGGCCAAUGCUUUUUUCCUGCAAUUAAUGAGUAGAACUUUCCUAUCUUUGCUAAUCAAAUACUUGGUUUGUAAGUAUAAUAAUCUCAAUCUUCAUAUGAUAAAUGAUAUCAUAUGAUAGCAUAAAUCAUUUCCAGCUGUUUCUGGCACCUUCAGUUCAAGGGCAUUUUCUCAGAGGCAGAAGGAGAUGCCUUCCAGUAAGUACUCAACUUUGAGAUUACAUCUUAUCCAUAAAGGACAUAGAGACUUGGCAACCCAAUAUCAAUUAGUGAUUUGGGAGUUAUACAGUCAGCCCUCUGUAUCCAUGGGAAAUUGGUUUGUGCUCUUCCUGUAUGCCGGGGGUUGGAUUAGAUAGCCUUUGUGGUCUCUUCCAACUCUAUUAUUCUAUGAUUAUAUGAACUAAAAGUCAGUGAAUGCUCAGUCAGCAAUACAACUUCUUCAACCUGUGCUACUGCUAGAGUAUUUUUGAUCUGCAGUUGAAUAAAUUAGUAGUAUAGAACCCAUAGUUACAGAAGGAAUUCAGCCCACCGCUGACACUAAUGCAAGCUUCCAAUAGACUUCGACAGCACUUCACAAAAACCCUAAAAUUACCUUUGCAUUGUGAAAAAAAAAAGUAACUCGGUAAAACCAUAACACAGUAACACCUGUUUUUGUAGCAUAGAUGUGAUAUAAAAUAAUUUUAUAAGCCUCUUCUGUGGAAUGAUGACAUUCAGCUAAACAGUACAGCACAUGCUGUUUGCUCACUCCUGUGGGAUGUUAUUGUAACAUCAGAGCUGUUUACAUGGAAUCAAAUUAUUUUGAACUGAACCAAUGCAAUGUUGUGUAGACUUUCCAUGUGUUUUUAAUGUAUUCCUUUUUUUCUAAAUACAACAUAACCAAAAUCCUAGGUAAAGCAUUUUCCUGGUAACGUCAGAAUGGAAAUUGUGGAUGAAUUUUGGCAGACAGACAUUGUUUCUUGGUUUGCCAAUUAUUUUUACCUCUGUUAAACAUAUCUGUGAUAGCUAUAUUAAAUAGCCUCAUACUGCUUGUUAAAAUCUGUUUUCACAUGUCAACACAGAGAAAUUGUACUUUUCCCAAAUCUAAUGGAGAACAUCAUCAUGUGAGCUCUGGGCUCAAACUGGCGGGCUAAAAUAUCAUCAGGAUUUUCUGCAGUAGCCUCUAUCUUUGUUCUUGACUUGCUUUGUAACAGGUUCUCCAAAGAGGCCUUAAGUACCUUAUUUGACCUAGUUCUCAAUACAUUAUUAUAAUAUUGACUAUGUGGAGGAUGAGAAGUAGGCCGUGUGUGUGUGCGCGCGCGUGCUUAUGCUGGCACAUAGGAACAAUACCCCACCAUCACCAUAGAAAAGGGGCUGAUAUCAAAGAAAUCUUAUGGCUCUCUGUUUCUUUCAGUGACAAAUGUCCCCACAGAAUUGUAUGUGCCCCAAAUGUUCUAGCAUUUGAAAUGAAUAGCUUUUGUCAUGUGCUAUAUAUAUAUAUAUAUAUAUAUAUAUAUAUAUAUAUAUAUAUAUAUAUAUUAGGGGCAAUUAAAAGUAACAGGGAAAAUGUUUAAAAUUAACUCCAUUGCACUCUGUUGUUACUGAUACCGAAUUGUAUGCAAUGUUAACAUGAGAGAACAACUGGUGUCCCAUGUCUCCUUCCUAUGGUUUUCCCAAUGAUGUAACUAGAAAUAUGGUGGACAAGUGGGUGUUUUUUCCUCUAAUGUUGCACUGGAUCCAAAGGGCUCUUUCUAUUGAAAGAACUGCUUCGAUUGGUGGAAUUAGCAGAAGGGCAGUCCAUUGUGCAUCCUCAUAAUGCUCCAGAUACGGAAAAUACUGGAGAAAAAAAUUCAGAAUAGGAAGGCUAUAUUUGGGAGGGAAAUCUCAUCGUACUAGUGGGAACCUGCUAGUGCAAUGUGGGAUGUAACUUUGCGUAACUCAUGCUACUAGCUUUAUGAGUAGAAAACCUUGGCUUGUUAUUUGUUGUCAGCAGCAUUUCUUUCUGUUUUUUGGCCAUAGAACAUGGUUGCUUUGAUGACAAAGCAAUGCUACAUUUGAGCCCAGGCCAUCAAAAAAAUGGACCUUUGAAAUAUUUUAAGUAGGUAUUUCAGAGUCAUGCCCCGAAUAUAUCUUAAGAAGUGGAAAUAAAGCUGAGAGUAUUCUUGAUUUUCUCUGAUUUCUCACAGCUUCCUCCGAGUUUGGCUAGACUACGAAAUGAGAUUUUAAUAACAUUGUACAUUUCAGACUUGUUGACUCCAGCUUGUACUGUCUUCCAGGACAUAACAUGUGCCCUCUUGUACUGCAGCCAUCUUAUGGAAAAAAAUGUCAUUCCUGUUUAUAUUUGGGCAGUUUUGCACACAGCUUUUGCUUUCAACCAUAACAAUUCUUCCAACACAGUUCUGCUAACUACAAAGCAUUGAUUCCAGUAUUGUUUUAUGUAUUUUCCAACUUUCUUUGCUUGCUUUUGAAGCUGGCAGUUCUUGCACAGGCCAUGUGCUUCUCCUAGAGUACAAAUGUAAGGUUUUCCUUACUAACUGCAGGGUCUCUAUAUUACACCUCAAUGUACACACUUUGCUGCUACUGUUUGUACUGUCUACAGUAGAAUUUCCUUAUCUUGCUCCUGGUAGUGCAUUACAGGCAAGCAUGAAAUGUAAAGUAUUUAUUUAAAUAAAAACUCUAAAUUGGUAAUUGAAUUUACCUCCCUGUAGCUUUAGAGUUUGUGAGAUUUCUUGACCUUACUAGUUCUUUCAUUAGACCCAUGACAGAUCUACUCAUAUGGUUAAGGCCAUUAAGCAGACAGGACUACAGAUCCAAGGAACCGUAUUACUGUUGGUCAUACUUAAAACUGUUGAUUUCCUAAGUAUAUGACCCACAAGGAUGUGAAAUAGCUACAACCGUUUUUGUACACUGUACAUCCUUUGUAUUUUUACACAUAUAUGAUAGGGAUGCACAUUAUUUUCCUUCGUACAGACAGCUUAAAUAAAGCACUAUGUCAAUCUGCUACUUAUGUGUUUAUUGUUGCUUUUGUUUCAGGGUGCAAAUGUGUAUAAACUUUUUUAGAUUAUGAUUUUUUUUAUAAAAGCAACUAUCACAGAAAAAUGGUUAACUAAAGCAAUAUCUUUGUAAUUGCAAAUUACAGCAGAUAUAAAUGUUGUGGAACAGUUCAGAAGAUGAUGAAUUGUAAUACACAGUCCACAUAAAAGCAAUUCUUGAUUUUAUUUUGACAAUGUGUGUGCAUUCUCACAUCAUACAUGUGAUAAUUGAUAGAUGAUGCCAUGUGCUUUAUCAAUCUAAAUGUAUUUUUGGAAAAUUACUAUUUGCUGCUAUCCUAUAUGAUGAUUUCUCUUUUCAGAUAGGGUUGAAGAGUCCAUAACUAAAAAUAUUUAUGAAGUGCUAGUUAUGUGGAAGUUAUUCACUAUCCAGAAGACUCAUAGUAUUUAAAGAACAAGGAAACAGAAUUAAGUAAAACCAGACUAUAAAACAAGAUGCAGGAGUUUUAAUGUUUGUAGACAAGUUUGCUAAAUUAGAAGGUAAAAUUGGAAGUUUGAGUUGGAGAUGGUUUAAGGAAGUAGAUGUGUUUUUGAAAGCAAAAAAAGAAAUUGCCAGAGCAUUACAUGUUUAGCUUUAGUAAGGUAUUAAUGAGGCACAACGAUGCAGGAAGUUAAGAGAUGAAAGAUUCUAGAUGAGCAAGAAGCUACUGGCUAGGAACGUAAAGGAGGAAUGAGAAGGUAAUAAACAAUGUGAAUAACAGAAAAACAGACGAAUAUGUGGUGUGCCAACUAAACUUAUUGACAGAAAAAUGGUAUCCUUCUGCAGGUAAUUUCUAAACAUUUUAUUUCAGAUAUAGGACCAUCUUGGAAACAGCCACAGUUGCACAAUUAAAUUGAUAAAACUAAUAUUUUAAAAUAUGUGAAGAUAUGUAGUGUCAUUUCCAUUGUUUUUUGAAAUUGAAGUGUCAGUUUGUGAACAGUAGGAUACAUUAUUUAAAAAAACCCCAAGAUCAACAUUUCUAUAAAAAUAUUUGAAUUCAGUUCACACACAAUAAAACAACUUAAGCAGUGGGAUAACAAAGUUUCAAACUUGACAGAGGGAAGUCCCACAUACCACAGCCUCCCCACUAAGUACAGUAAUCUGACUUGAGGCAUCAAAAGAAAAUUUGUAAAUAACUUUUUGGGCCUUUACUAUUGCUCUCCAGUAACUUAUGAUCUGAGCACUAUACAUUUUAAUAACACAUUAUAGUAUAUUAUUUAUUAUUUUCAUGAUAGAUGUUAUAUACUCAAGAAAAGCCACAGCACAGUACAGCUGAACACCCUCACAAAUUUACUGCUGAUUCAAUUUAUUGUGGGCUUAUAAAGCACAGUAAGAUAUUUUCUAUGAUAUUUAUUAUCAGGAAAUAAUUUGGAUGGAAAUCAAAGUAUCAUUCUGAAUAGCGUGCUGUUGGAGCCUUGUAAUCUCGUCCUUUUGACAAUGCUGAGCAUUGUAACAGCCUCCAAUAAAAAAACCUGAAAGGUAAGGAGAAACAGCAGCAGAAGUAACUUAACCUUAUAAUGCUAGCUGUGAACUCUGAUUUCACAAUGGGUGGUUUUAAUUUAUUUCCCCCAUUCACACCCAGGUUUCACGGAAGCUUUUCUAAAUGUCCUGCUUCCCAAAGUGCAAUGAAAAAUAGAUAAAUAUUUUUACAUUUCUUUGUGCGGUAUUGUUUGAUGGACAGCACAAAAAUCUUAUUUUGUCCUCUAUAUGGGAUGCACAAUGGUCAUUCUUUUUUUUUAAUAAAAAAUUCCUCAGUCAUUCUUGCAGAUGGCUUUGAUGGCUUUGUCAUGAUUGCUUUCACUUUUAGAGCGCCAUGAGGUCAGUUAUUUCAUCUAAAAAGGAAGCAGAAAAAUUAGUGCCUCACUAUAAAAUAUUCAAGUGUUCUAAAUGUUUAUAAACCAAUUCUUCAAGAAUAAACCAGUGCUGCUAUGUACAUUUUGCUUUUGUUCAUUAUUAUGUUAUGUCUUUUUUUCAAGAAAGUCCAGGUGGCAUACACUGGGUAACAGGAGUUACUGUAUUUAGGAUCUGAUGAAACACAGAACUCCUACCUAACUUUAUUUCUUAAACCAGAUGUGUCACAAAAAUAGUAAUAUAUUCGAAUCCCAUUUUUAAACUAAAAGUAUUUAAAGUAGCUUAGAGCAUAACAAUAAAAUCAUAUAACGAAAAGGACUACUAGCCUUUUGGAGGUACAAUGAACACAAUACAACCAACACCUCCAGCACCAAAUGAGAACAGAACAGCCGCAAGAUGGAAGGAUGUUACACAUUCAUAAUGCCAUCAAGGUGUUACAAAUUUAGGUUCCAAAUUUAGGUGGAAAAUUUAUAAGCUCCAUUGAUUCAGCAGGCUGCUCUAAUUGUGAUGAAUAAUUAUGCUUAGGCUUAAAAGUCUAUCAAGCUAUUCAUAUCUUUAGUUUCAGACAAAAGAAAUACAGAGCGAGUUUGAUAAAUUUCAAUUGGGAAAGAAUUUUAGAUCUGUAGCAUUAGGAAAUAAGCAAUAAUUUUUCCAUGUUCAUUUGCUCAGUCUGAAAUGUUAUGUUCUCCAACAUGGAUCUUGUCUCCUAGAAAAGUCUACAUGUAAAUAAUUGGUUCGUUAAGAUAAUCUGGAGCCAAGCUGUUUUGAGGUUUUUAUGAUUUCAACACAAAAACAAAGGCUGCCAUUUUAUUGUGCAUCAUUGUGGGAUGUUUGAUUUCCAAGAUGCCUCCAAAUCUCAAAUAAAUUGUAAAGUUCUGCUAGGAAACAAUAAACCAGUUAGCCUACCACAUAGGAAGAGAAAAUAUUGACAAUUAUAGUUACUGAAAGAAUCAGAAGAAUGGUUAGAUUUCCAGUGACUCAUUUUGUCUAUCCAGAAUUCUGGUCACAGAGCAAACUAUAGAAAAAUGAAGAUAAGUAAUAUAUAGUAUGCAAUAGCCAAAAUGAGAAGGAACAAAUCUAUAAAUAGGUAUCAAUCUUGUGGUUGAUACACACAUUCAUGUAAAUCAUUUGGUCUAAUUACUUUUAGUCUCAGUAGUAUGUGGAAUGGUUCUUAUUUGACAUGCAACACUAGGCACCAGGUGAUGAAAAAAUUUGACUUAUAGAAAUUAAUCUACAGAGGCAUUUCAUAACACUUGAACCAUGUUUUUUUCUGUCAGUAAUUGUAGGCCAGCAAACUAAACUUCAUUGUGGAUAAUCGGAAAAGAAAGAACUUUAGCAAUGUGGCAAAAGAAACACUGGAAAUCUAACAGCAGAAUGCUUUCAACGACCACAGGAAAGGCAGUAAUCAAAGGCUGUGGAUUUGGCAACUAGAGGGGAAAGUAACAGCUUGGAGGUUUUCACAGAAGCAUCUACAUCUGCCAUUUGUGUUGAUAAUGUCAGAACAUCAGAAAAAUAAUCAGGGAGAACUAGGAAGAGUUUAUUGUUGGUUAGACAGUUAUGCAUGUACUUAACUUGCUACUGAAAUCAACCUGACACCACCAUACAUUUGGUCUGGACUGUGCCUUAGCUACAUUUUAUCAAUACUGUUCUCAGCUCAGUUUGUAUUUAUUAAGAUUAGCAAGGCAUUUUGAUGGCUGGAUUCAAGGAUAGUGGAUAGCUAUUCCCGUUCUAAAGCAUAAAUUGAAGUUCAGUCUUUUCAGUUAAUACUCUGGAGAACUGGUUGCACAGCUGUUUGCUUUAUCCAUUUUGUUUUUCUGGGUAAAAUGACAUAGUGUUGCACCUCUUCUGUUUAUUUCUGUCAAGCAUGUACACCUUUAUUUAUUUAUUUGGGUUGUUGUUUUCUAAACCCACCCUACUGCUGAAAAUUCAGGGUGGAUAACAGUAAGAAACAUUUUAAACCUGUAUUUAAUAAAUAUUUAUUACAUAUUUUAAA